AUGCUCCAGGCUUGCUCUAGCAAUGGAUUGGGGAAGGACAAUACAGCCCCCUGGGGCUUGGGUAAAGGAUGGCUCUGUGUGGGGCCAGCCUGGGGUUCUUCCAGCUUAUGCAGACGUGCCAGCCAAAAGACUGUUACUGUGGCUUAUCCUGGCCUUGCUAUUGGGUCCUUGCUCGGCAGACCCACUGGGCAAGGAGUUCGUCACUGUUUUCAUGCAGAACUUUGUCUCUUCCUACGGCCUGCCCAACCUGGAGCUGCACAUUGCCAGCUACUCGCCUAACACCACAGUUGACAUCACAGUGAGUAGCUCCUCCUUCCACAGCCGGCUGCUGCUGCUCCAGCCAGGGGAACCAGUCUCCGUCCAGCUUCCCUCCUACACAGAGAUGCUACGCAGCUCCAGGACCAACCACACGGUUCUGGUGGUGGCAGAUAAGGAGGUCUCGGUUGUAGCCUUCAAUGACAAGCUCUACACGACAGCUGCCUCUGUUCUGUACCCAGUGCGGGAGUGGGGCCAGGAGUAUUACAUCUUCACCCCAUCUGGGGAGCCAGAUGUAGCGUUCAAGGAAAUGGCCAUUGUCAACCAUGGCCAACCCAACUUGGUGGACAUCUACCUGAAGGGCUCAGUGAUAUUUGAGAACAUCCGAUACCGGGCCAGGACCAGGCUCCGUCUCUCCAUGAGGGAGCUAUCUGCUGUGCAGCUCCAAAGUAAAGAUGACCUCUCAGGCAGUCGCGUGGUAGCACAGAGACCUGUAGCUGUCUUAUCCGGCAACACGUGUGCUCAGCGGAACAGCCAGUGCAACCACGUCUUCCAGCAGUUGCUGCCAGUGCCUAGCUGGGGCAGCUCCUUCCUGGUGCCACCCCUGCCCUUCCAACCCCAUUACGACCUGGUGUACAUCACAGCAGCCCAGCAAACGGAAGUCACUGUCCACAAGGGAGCCAACGUCCAGGUCACGAACAUGACCAGAGGGCACGUGGUAGAGCAGUGGGUUGGGGAGGCUCAGGCACUGUAUAUCACUAGCACAGCAGGUGUCCAGGUCUUCUUCUUUAGUACUGGGGCCAGGCUGCUGGGCAACUUCUCCUUUGACCCAUUCCUGCUCAACGUGCCAGCAGCUGGGAGCUACUGUACAUCCUACCUGGCCAUCUCCCACCCCUACUUCACCAGCUAUGUUCUCCUCGUCGUGCUGACCUCUGCUGUCUCUGGGCUAUCAUUCAAUGGCAAGCAGAUGCCCCCAUUGGACUGGCACAGCAUUGCCAACACCAGCUUUUCCUGGGCUGGAAUGGUGCUGCCCCCAGACUCUGGCUACAACAUCCUGGCUCAUCCCCAUGCCCCCUUCGGGCUGACCAGUGUGGGGAUAUCGCACAUGAAUGGCUACAGCUCCACGGCAGUGUGUCUCGACAAAGUCUUGGGUCCCUGUAGUUCCAUGCAAUGCAGACCAGAGGAGAGAUGCAAGGUGACCAGUGGUGAAGCAUUCUGUUAUGCAACCUCCAGCAGAACUUGUUGGGUCUCCGGCCACUCCCACUACCGCACAUUUGAUGGGCAGAGCUACGAGUUCCCUGGGCGCUGCACAGUCAUCUUGGUCCGGACAGAUGGACUCAGCCAGAGGCUACCAGCUUUCACUGUGACUGCCCGGAAGGGCUUGGCUGGCCUGCCGUCCCUGGUGAUGCUGGAACUGCCUGAUGAUGAGCUUGUGGUUGAGCUAAUGGGGCUGGAUGCAAGUCAUGCCUGGGUCAACCACCAGCGUCAGCCCCUGCCUGUCUCCGUGGAAGGAGGGAAGGUCCAGGUCUCCCAGCACGGCGAGUCCAGUGUUCUCAAGACAAGCUUUGGCUUGCGAGUCCUCCUCAGUCAGCCGCACCACAUAACCAUCGGCAUCCCCAGCAGCUACCACGGGCUGGUCCAGGGCAUGUGUGGGAACAGCAAUGGCAAUGCCAGUGAUGACUUAGUUACACCAGGGGGCACUCAGGCUCCAGAUGCUGUUGCCUUUGGCAACACCUGGAGGGUCCCUGGUGGGAAAGAGCGGCCCUGCUGGAGCAAAUGCAUGGGGCGAUGCCGUAGCUGCCUCUCUACCAAUGUCUCCACUCUGCUUGGAGGCCAGGAGUUGUGUGGCAUAGUUAGAGCUACAGAGGGACCCUUUGGCCCCUGCCAUCUGGUGGUUCCCCCCCAGGAGUUCUAUGAAAGCUGCCUGUAUGACCUGUGCAUGAGUGAUGGAGCCCAGAAGUCCCUGUGCCCAGCUCUGGCAGCCUAUGCUGCUGUGUGCCAGGCUGAGGGAGUCACCCUGGAUGGCUGGCGGGAGGCAUCGCACUGCAUGCUCCAGUGCCCCGCACACAGCCGCCUCCAGACCUGCGCCUCUGCCUGUCCAGCAGCAUGUUCCAAUCUCUCUGCCCCAGACAAGUGUCCUGCCCCCUGCCAGGAGACCUGCAUCUGCCUGAAUGGCUUUGUCCAGCGUGCUGCAGCCUGUGUCCCCCAUGGAGAGUGUGGCUGUGCCCUAGAGGGACGUUUUCUGGAGGCAGGAAAGAUCUGGGGGGAGUUUUGCCAGAGCAUCUGCACCUGCCAUGAGGACACAGGGGAGAUGGAAUGCCACAAUGCCAGCUGUGGAGCACAGGAGAGCUGCCAGCUGGUGGAUGGGGCAUGGGACUGUCAUCCUCUUCCUUAUCUAUCUUGCCUGGCUUACGGGGACUAUCACUACAUCACUUUUGAUGGGCACAGCUUUCAAUACCAGGGUAGUUGCAGCUACCAGUUGGCUGGGUCCUGUUCUGAUGAUGUCUUCUCCGGCAUGGUCCCGUUCUACAUCCAAAUCCACUCCGGCAUGAGCCCACUUGGCACUGCCACCAAGUCUGUUGAGAUUGGGGUGUAUGAUAAGGUUAUCUCCCUGAGCAAGCAGCAGAGCAGGGCAGUCCUGGUGGAUGGGAUAUUGGUCCACCUGCCCUAUAUCCUGAAGAACCAGCUUGUGGUCUUCUGCACCAGCUGGGAUGUGCUGGUGAAGACAGACUUUGGCCUCACAGUUGCUUUCGACUGGGACAGUCGGCUCCGGCUCAGCCUCCCUGCUGCCCACGUUGCCGGGGUGUGUGGCCUGUGCAGCAACGUGUCUGGGAGCGGAGGAGCAGCCUCAGGAGUUGGAGGCAUGCAAGGCACUGCCCCCGAGUGUGGCCCUGCCAUGUGCUAUGGGAACUGCACUGCUUGCAAAGGGGCUCAGAGAUACAGGGCCAGGGACCGCUGUGGCAUGAUGAUGGCUGAGAACGGGCCCUUCAUGUGGUGCCACAGCACCAUAGACCCCAGCGGGUAUUUCCAGGCCUGCAUCUCUGACCUCUGCUCCCACCAGGGGAAUGAGACUGUUCUGUGUCGUGCUCUGGCAGCUUAUGCAGCCGCCUGUCAAGAAGCUCGGGUUCCUGUCGGGCUGUGGAGAAACGGGAGCUUCUGCAGUCCCAACUGCCCUCCAAACAGUCGCUAUGACCCCUGUGCCCCGGCAUGCCCUGCCACCUGCUGCAAUAUCUCCCUCCCACAACCCUGCCCACUGCCAUGCCAGGAGGGCUGUCAGUGCACCCCAGGCCAUGUGCUCAGUGGGGACCAGUGUGUACCCCCAGCAGGCUGUGGUUGCCUGCACCAGGAACUGUACUGGCCACUGGGCAGCUCCUUCUACACAGCAGCCUGCGAGGAGAGGUGCAGCUGCCAGGCCCCUGGGAGGGUGGCAUGCCAGCCCCACAGCUGCAGGGCCCAUGAGGAGUGCAGCAUCCAGGCAGGAGUGCGAAGCUGCUACCCUGCCCUCUUCAGGACCUGCUCAGCCUUUGGCAGGAGCAACUACAUCUCCUUUGACCAGACAGCGUUCAUCCUCCGGGGGAACUGCAGCCAUGUCCUGGCUGAGACGCAGGCCGGAGGUAACCUGACCAGCUUUGCUGUCUGGCUGCUGAGAGGAGCUAACCAGGAGACGUGGCCAGAGGUCAGGGUCUAUGGCCAUAGACUUACCUUGUCCCAGGGCACUGCAGCCAUCCAGGUGGAUGGCGUGUGGGGCUAUCUGCCCCUGGAUCUGAAUGGCUCAGUGCACAUCUUCCUGCACGGCAGAAUUCUCCGCCUGGAGACUGACUUCGGCCUCCAGGUUGCCUAUGAUGGGGCCUCGCUUGUAAUGAUCAGCAUCCCGGGACCUUACCAGGGGCACAUGGCUGGUCUCUGUGGCGAUUACAAUGGUGUGUCAAGUGAUGACUUCACACUGCUGGAUGGCUCGGUCUCCCCCAAUGCAUCUGCCUUUGCCUCUGCUUGGAGAGCUGGCGUGGGACAGGACUGCUACACAGAAGGGGAGGGCUGGCAGCCCCCAUGCUCCAGCCAUGAAAGCCAACGUUGCCGCCACCUGCUGUCCAGGGACGGCCCAUUCAGCAGUUGCCACUCUGCUGUUGAGCCCACGGCCUACGUCAACAGCUGCCUCUCUGAUGUCUGCCUGGGGAACAGCACAGCCAUACGCUGCGGUGUGAUGGCCAGCUACGCAACCAUGUGCCAAGCUGCCGGGGUUGCAAUUGGCCACUGGAGGGACCUGGCUUCCUGCUCCCUGGACUGCCCUGAGAACAGCCACUAUGCUCUGUGCAUGGACCCAUGCUCUGCGGCCUGUCUGGCGAAGGAGGCUGGGGUCCCGUGUCAGCGGGGCUGCAUGGAAGGCUGUGAGUGCCACGAGGGCUACUACUGGGACGGCCAGGCCUGCGUAAGGCCGGGAAGCUGCAGCUGCUACAGCAACGGCACCGCCUACAAGCUGGGAGAAUCGCUCCUCUCUGCCUCCUGCAACCUGCAGUGCAUCUGCCUGCCCUCAGGGAAUCUGACCUGCACCCCUCACCGGUGCCCAAGCGGGAAGCCCUGCAGACUGAGGAAUGGUGUGCGAGGCUGCUAUGCGGAGUGGCAUCCCUGCCUGGUGGCCCCCGGGCAGCUCCUCUCUACCUUCGAUGGCUUGUCCGGAGCAGCCCCGACCAGUGGAGCCCAUGAUGUGAGCAGGAUCUGCGAGCAGAACACCACAGGCUGGUUCAGGAUCGUGUUGGAGAGCUGGCAGUGCCAGCCAGAUGCCAGACAUGUGGCCACAGUGUACAUGUUCCUCAGUGCGGUCUUCAUUGCCAUUGACACAGAGGGCAAGGCCUGGGUCAAUGGCCAAGAGGUCUCACUACCCACCAGCAUCGAUGCUGAGCUGUCUCUAACCAGGUCCCAGCAGGGCAUUGUGGUCCAGUGGCUGGAAAAAGUGGAGGUCCAUCUCAAUGCCACUGGGGUGCUGGAGGUGAUUGCAAAUGGGUUGUAUGCUGCUCAGCUCUGUGGCGCUUGUGGGAACUUCAAUGGUGAUAGCAUGGAUGACUUGAUGACACGUGGAGGGACACCAGCCUCCAACACCCAGGAGGUCCUGGCUUCCUGGGUAGCUGAGGACUUCUCCUCUUCAUGCAGUGGCAGAAUCCUAACUGGAGGGUCCAGUCCAGAUCAGAGGCUCGGAGCUGCAGACUAAGACUUCAGUGUUCAAAUGUAACAAAAUAAAGCUGAAAUCUCUUGGAACAGUCUGGUCCCUUGUCU